AUGGAUGAUUUAGCUCUCCUGGACCUGUUGGAGUGUCCUGUGUGCUUUGAAAAGCUCGAUGCCACCGCAAAGGUGCUACCUUGCCAGCACACUUUCUGCAAGCCCUGUCUGCAGAGGAUCCUGAAAUCCCAGAAGGAGCUCAGGUGCCCCGAGUGCCGGACCCUGGUGCUCUGCAGCAUCGAGCAGCUGCCCUCCAACCUGCUCCUCAUCCGCCUCCUGGAUGGAGUCAGGUGCGGACAGAAUGUUACCAGGUUUGGCUCGAUCCAGAGGUCGGGGGUCCUGUCAUCCCCCGCCUCCGUCAGGAGAGUCCCCAGGGGGUUGCAACUUCAUCAGCACCGGCUGGCGAUAAAUCCCAGGAUCCACAUGGACGGGGUCCCGCGAGCCAAGGCCCUGUACACCUACCGGGGGCACAACCCUGGGGAGCUGAGGUUCAACAAGGGGGACAUCAUCGUGCUGCUCCGACAGCUGGAUGAGAACUGGUACCUGGGGGAGGUCAACGGGAUCAGCGGCGUUUUCCCAGCCAGCUCCGUGCAAGUCAUCAAGCACCUGCCCCUGCCUCCACCCCUUGGCCGAGCGCUCUACAGCUUGGACCUGAGGAGCAGGGAUAAGACUGAAAACAAGGACUGCCUGACAUUCCAUAAGGCAAACACCACUGCGAGGCAGCUCCUGCAGACCACCAAAACCCACUGGUCCCCUCAGUUUAAGUGUGCGUCCCUACGAACAGUGUCUCCCAAAGCCAAGGGCGCCGAUCCGCCGGCUUUCCCCAAGGCGCCCGACUCCAGGCGGAAGAGCCUGCGGCAGUUCUCCAUCACCACUGCCCUCAACACCCUCAACCGGAUGGUCCACGCGCCCGCCGAGCGGCAGGCGCUGGAGAUCAGCUCCCCCGUGCUCAUCAGCUCCAGCAACCCCUCCGUGGCCACCCAGGGCGGCGAGAAAGCGGAGCUUCCCUACAGCACCCCUCUCCAGGUCAGUGCAACGUACUACCCCGCGCCAGGAGCACUGGGGCACUCGGCAGCCAUCGUCACCCUUCCCCACCUGCAGCACCACAUGUCAGCGUAUAUGUGCGUGGCUCUCCAUUCCUACGCGGCUCACGGACCGGACGAGCUGGAGCUGCAGAAGGGAGAAGGGGUCCGCGUCUUCGGGAAGGACCACGACGGGUGGCUGCGGGGCAUGUCCCUCGUCACGGGGAGAGUGGGGACCUUCCCCAGCAACUACGUCGCUCCCCUCUUCAGGAAAUCCAACCUCUCCGACUCAAAGAUGCCUUCCCUGUACGCCUCAUGGACGCUGUCGACCUCCUCGCUCUCCUCCCAAGGCAGCAUCUCGGAAAACGGGCCCAGACAAAGCCUAGCCCUGAAGCCGGCGCUGCUGCCCGUGCCCGUCACCUCGCCGGGGAGGAGCGCGGCUGCGGCAGGACAGGCAUCACUGCGCCACGGCCGCGGCAGCAUGAGGAAGAAUGGGUCCCUGCAGAGGCCGGGGCAGGUGGGGACCCCCGUGCAGGUUGCCGGCUCCCUCAGGCGUCCUCUCGCGGCUGCGCUCCGGCCUCAGCAGUUCCAGCUCUACCAGCCCGCCAGCCCCCAGCUCCACAACAUCCCUCCAGGAGCUGGCGUGGAGGCAGGAAUGAG